CCACAGUGCGCGUGCGCGUUCGUGUGUCACAAUAAUGGAGGACAAUCUUUUCCAACCGUUGUGAAUCCAACCACCGUGUUCAUUUGGAGAAUUUGGUUAAAGCGACGUGCAGCUAAGUGUCGAAAACACGAGCAUUAUGGCCUCCGACUCAGUAGCUCAGGCUCCUGGGUCGAGGAUCAUGACCUUCCACCCGACCAAGGAGGAGUUCAAAGACUUCAGCCGCUACAUUGCUUAUAUGGAGUCAAAGGGCGCUCACUUAGCUGGCAUGGCGAAGGUUGUGCCUCCUAAGGACUGGAAGCCUCGCUGCACAUAUGAUGACAUUGAUGACCUGGUCAUUCCUGCUCCUAUUCAGCAAGUGGUGACGGGUCGGUAUGGGCUUUUCACACAGUACAACAUCCAGAAGAAGCCCAUGACUGUCCGCGAGUUCCGCAAGGUCGCUAACACAGACAGGUUCUGCAACCCCCGGUAUGUAGAUUUUGAUGAGCUGGAGAGGAAGUACUGGAAGAAUCUCACGUUUAGUCCUCCACUCUAUGGAGCGGAUGUCAACGGAACUCUCUACGAUCCAGACGUAAACGAGUGGAAUAUCGGGCAUCUGAACACUAUUCUGGACACAGUGGAGAGAGAGAGUGGCAUCAAGAUUAAAGGGGUGAACACACCGUAUCUGUACUUCGGGAUGUGGAAGAGCACGUUUGCCUGGCACACUGAGGACAUGGAUCUCUACAGUAUCAACUAUCUGCACUUUGGAGAACCCAAGUCCUGGUACGUUGUGCCGCCAGAACAUGGGAAGCGAUUAGAACGUCUCGCUAAAGGCUUUUUUCCUGGAAGUGCACAAAGCUGUGAAGCCUUCUUGCGACACAAAAUGACUUUGAUUUCCCCAUCAAUACUAAGAAAGUAUGGCAUCCCUCUUGAGAAGGUUGCACAGGAAGCAGGUCAGUUUAUUGUGACCUUCCCCUACGCCUAUCACGCCGGGUUCAAUCAUGGAUUCAACUGUGCAGAGUCUACAAACUUCGCCACUCAGCGCUGGAUCGACUAUGGAAAGCAGGCAGCAUUAUGUUUGUGCCGUAAAGAUAUGGUGAAGAUCUCCAUGGACGUAUUUGUGCGAAAGUUCCAGCCAGAGCGAUAUAAACUGUGGAAGGCGGGAAAGGACAGUGUGAUAAUCGAUCACUCCAAACCCACACCAGAAGCGGCAGAGUUCCUGCAGGAUGGAAAGACACCAGGAGAAGCGGGAGAGCUCAGCAACAGCAGCCCUGCUGAAACCAGAGUAGAGAGGGAGACCAAAACAGCCAAUGAAGAUGGAGAGGAGAGAGAGAUGGAGAAGGGAGAGACGGCAACAAACGAGACCAAUACAAAGAGAGGAGACGAAGCGAGAGGAAACGCAAGUGCACAACAAAGAAAGACAGAAACACAAGAGGCAAAUGCAAAGGGAGAAGAAACCGAGACCAGAAAAACUCACCUAGAAGCAGAUAGUGAAAGAGAGAAGACACAGAGUGAAACAGACAAGACAGAGAAAAUAGACCUAAAAAAAGAAGCGACCGAGGAAGAGAGAGUCAAAACAGAAAGAAGAGAGUCAGAUAUAGAAAUGCCAGAUCAAGAGGCAGGUCUGACAGUGACAAACAAACCUGAAAGAGAAAUAGCGGAAACAGGGAUGGAGACCGAAAACAACAGCACAGAGAGCAGAGAGAAGGAUAAGACUGACGGGGGUAAAGAAGACACAGAUACAGUAAAGAUGGAGACUGAAGAAAUAAAACAGCCAAAGACUGAAAUUGAGACAGCAUGGAGAGAGCUGGAAACUGGAAAGGAAGAACUGGACAGCAGUGAGAUAAAGCAAGACAUGGGUGAGACAGAUAGUGGAGAGUUGGAGACUGAAAACGAGAAUCUGUCUGUGGCACAAGAGACAGACGAAUCAGUGACAGAGAUGGAAACACAAAAGAUGGACAGUCAAGACACAGAUAGAGAAGAUAAGAUAAUUGAAAAAGAAGAGAGAGAGACAGGAGAGGCAGACAUGGACAGAUCACAGAGAGGGGAGGUGGAGAGUGAGACAGUUUGUGGGAAGAUGGAGAGUGAAACAGCGAGAGGAGAGAUGCAGAGCAAGACAGAGAGUGAGGCAGGGAUAGGAAAGAUCGAGAGCAAGACAGGGAGUGCAGAGAUGGAGAGUGAGACAGGGAGUGGACAGAUGGAGAGUGAGACAGGAGAGAAAGGCAGAGGAGAGAUGGAGUGUGAAACAGGGGAGAUGGAGAAUGAGACAGUAGAAACAGGGAGAGAGAUGAAGAGUGAGAUGAGGAGAGAAGAAGUGGUCAACAAGAUGGAAGAGACAGGGAAAAGAGAGAUAGAGCGUGAGACAGGAGAGGCAGCAAGAAGAGUGAUGGAUAACAACACAGGAGUAAAUACUGAGAGAGAAACAAGGACAGAAGAGGUAGAGAGUGAGACAGGACAGACAAGUAGAGGAGAUAUAGAGAGUGAGACAAUGACGGGAGAGAUGGGGAGUGAAGCAGGAGGGACAGAAAAAGGGGAGAUGGAGAUCGAGACAAAGACAGGGGAGGUGGAGAAUGAGACCGCAAGAGGAGAGAUGGAGAGCAUAACAAGGAAAGAAGAGAUGGAGAUUGAGACAGAUGAGAUGGGGAUAACAGGGAAGGAAGACCUGGAGAGUGAGACAGGGAGAGGGGAGACUGAGAGCAUAACAUUGAAGGAAGACAUGGAGAGUGAGACAUGUGGGAGAGGGAGAGAGGAUAUAAAGGACAUAACAGAGAAGGAAAGCCUGGAGAGUGAGACAGGGAGAGAGGAGCUGGCGAGCAUAAUAUUGAAGGAAGACAUGGAGAGUGAGACAGGGAGAGGGGAGACUGAGAGCAUAACAUUGAAAGAAGAAAGGGCGAGUGAGACAGGUAGAGGGGAGACGGAGAGCAUAAAAUUGAAGGAAGACAUGGAGAGUGAGACAGAGAGAGGGAAGACGGAGAGCAUAAAAUUGAAGGAAGACAUGGCGAGUGAGACCGGGAGAGUGGAGACAGAGAGCAUGACAUUAAAAGAAGAAAUGGAGAGUGAGACAGUUGGGACAGUGAGAGAGGAUAUAAAGGACAUAACAUUGGAGGAAGACAUGGAGAGUGAGACAGAGAGUAUGAUAUUAAAAGAAGAAAUGGAGAGUGAGACAGGGAGAGGGAAGACGGAGAACAUAACAUGGAUGGAAGACCUGGAGAGUGAGACAGGUGGGACAGGGAGAGGGAACAUAGAAGACAUAACAUUGAAGGAAGACAUGGAGAGUGAGACAGGGAGAGAGGAGACAGAACACAUAAUGGGGAAGGGAGACAUGGAGAGUGAGACUGAGAAAGAGGAGACAGAGAGCAUAAUGGGAAAGGGAGACAUGGAGAGUGAGACGGGGAGAGAGGAGACAGAGAGCAUAAUGGGGAAGGGAGACAUGGAGAGUGAGACAGGGAGAGAGGAGACAGAGAGCAUAAUGGGAAAGGGAGACAUGGAGAGUGAGACAGGGAGAGAGGAGACAGAGAGCAUAAUGGGAAAGGGAGACAUGGAGAGUGAGACGGGGAGAGGGGAGACAGAGAGCACAAUGGGGAAGGGAGACAUGGAGAGUGAGACGGGGAGAGAGGAGACAGCGAGCACAGUGGGGAAGGGAGACAUGGAGAGUGAGACAGGGAGAGAGGAGACAGAGAGCAUAAUGGGAAAGGGAGACAUGGAGAGUGAGACAGGGAGAGAGGAGACAGAGAGCAUAAUGGGAAAGGGAGACAUGGAGAGUGAGACAGGGAGAGAGGAGACAGAGAGCAUAAUGGGAAAGGGAGACAUGGAGAGUGAGACAGGGAGAGAGGAGACAGAGAGCAUAAUGGGAAAGGGAGACAUGGAGAGUGAGACAGGGAGAGAGGAGACAGAGCACAUAACACUGAUAGAAGACGUGGAGAGUGAGACAGGGAGAGAGGAGACAGAGAGCAUAAUGGGGAAGGGAGACAUGGAGAGUGAGACGGGGAGAGGGGAGACAGAGAGCAUAAUGGAGAAGGGAGACCUGGAGAGUGAGACAGGGAGAGGGGAGACAGAGAGCACAAUGGGGAAGGGAGACAUGGAGAGUGAGACAGGGAGAGAGGAGACAGAGCGCAUAACACUGAUAGAAGACGUGGAGAGUGAGACAGAGAGCAUAAUGGGGAAGGGAGACAUGGAGAGUGAGACGGGGAGAGAGGAGACAGAGCGCAUAACACUGAUAGAAGACAUGGAGAGUGAGCCAGGGAGAGAGGAAGUAGUGUCAAAAAAGGUUGAUGAAGAAGAAAGUAAAAUAGAAAUUGCAGAGACUGGAAACGAAGGCACUGUUUCAGCAAAUCUGGAGGAGGAGAAAGUAGAAGAGAAUGAGCGAGAGCAUAUGGAGACAGGAGGAGAGAAGGUGGUGACGGAGACAGAAAAAGAGACGAAGACCAGCAGUUCUUCUGUUCAGAGGAAGAGAAGUAGUUCCAGGCCGAAGGUGAGGAUGAAACGGCAGAGAGGAGCCAGUGCUGGUUCUACUGACGCUGUAGAGCAGGUCAAGCGGAAGAGAACCAGGCUCAGUCAACCUGAAGCAAGGUGUGAGGCAAAACAGGCCGAUUCAACAGGCCAAGAUGAGAGUGACAACGAGGACCGCAUGGAUGUAGGCACUCCAGCAUUGAAAAAGGAAAAGAAGCCAGAUCCCUCCCACUUAGAGACUCCACCUCCUCGUCUUCCGUCAAAUAAACAGCCAAUCAGCAUCACUCCUAAAUCUCAUAACAGAACCCAUAGCACUUCUGUGUCCUGCCAUAUCACCGCUUCCUCCCAGCCUCGCAACAUCGUCUCUCGGCCCAAAGAAACCACUCCGCGCUGUGAUCUUAGAACUAAGCACCAUCAGCCUAACACCACGACCUCUCCAUCUCGGCGUGCAGUUAGCGCCAAACUCAACAAAAACACCGUUAAAUCUCCGUCUAGCAACAUCACCACAGACCAUAGUGACCUCAGCAUUCAGGCUAAACCCACCAAUAACUCAAGACACCGUAGCGAUAUCAUCCCAAAACGCAGGAAAACCAGCCCUAAACAUGAAGCCAAACCCAGGGAGAGUCGUGGCGGCUCUGUUCCAAACGAAGACGGUGACGAGAGUAAGGCUGCCUACGGAGGGAGCUCGUCUCAGCGGCUUUUCCAACGGACACUCAGUCCGGCUGAGGUGCUACACGUCCACAGCUACGCUAAAGGAGACUACAGCGAUCUGGACAGAGAGCAAAGGGACAGCGACACGGACACAGAGACGCAGGAGAACGGACAGGGGGCAGAACACGGCUCUUAUGAGGCACUGAACAGUCUAGCGCGGCUGCCCAGACAUCAUCCGCUAAUAAAGGACAGCAUCAGUGAUGAGGAGCUUCAGGACCAGGCUUUAAUAGAGGAGGAUGGUUUAGAAGGUGAGCUGUGGGCCAAGCCUCUGGCUCAGCUGUGGCAGAACAGACCUUACAACGAACAGCGAGAGAGAGCGUACAACAGAGAGAUGGGCCUCCAGCCCCCAUACUGUGCCGUCUGUAUGAUCUUCCAAACGCACCAGCGGUCCGAAGAGGCCGACUGUGAGCAGGUUGUGGUUCAGGCUGGACGUCAAAUGAGGACGAAGCCGCUGAUCCCCGAGAUGUGUUUCAGCACAACCACAGAAGAGUGCACUGAACUUCAUCUGUCCACUCCUCACUUGGACAAGGACGGAACCAGCCUGCUCAUCAGCUGCUCCCAGUGCUGUGUGCGUGUGCACACCAGUUGCUAUGGCGUUUCCCCUGGGAGAGUCACGAAAGACUGGAAAUGUGCCCGUUGCAAAGCCAAUGCCCUCACUGAGAGUUGUUGUCUGUGCUCAUUAAGAGGUGGAGCCUUACACAGAGCCAACAAUGACAAGUGGGUGCAUGUGCUGUGUGCGGUGGCGGUGUUAGAGGCUCGCUUCGUGAACAUCACAGAGAGAUCUCCAGUGGAUCUCAGUGGCAUUCCUUUACAGAGGUUUAAGCUGAAAUGUUACUACUGUAAGAGGCGGAUGAAGAAGACGACAGGCUGCUGUGUGCAGUGUUCUCAUGGCCGCUGCCCCACUUCUUACCACCCUACCUGUGCCCAGGCUGCGGGUGUCCUUAUGCACCCGGAUGACUGGCCUUUCAUCGUCUAUGUCACCUGCUGCCGUCAUAAAGGGCCUGUGCAAUCAGAGCGGAAAAAGGAGGCCAUGAGGGAAAUCAGUGCAGGCCAGAGAGUGAUCUGCAAGCACAAAAACGGGCGCUACUACCAGUGUGAUGUGGUUCAGCUGACAAAGGAGACAUUUUAUGAGGUCAACUUUGAUGAUGGCUCCUUCAGUGAAAACCUCUUCCCUGAGGACAUUGUGAGCCGUGACUGUACCCAGCUGGGUCCUCCACCCCUGGGAGAGGUGGUGCAAGUGCGUUGGACAGAUGGAAUCAUCUACGGAGCCAAGUUUGUGGCAGCACACGUCAUUCAAAUGUACCAGGUGGAGUUUGAGGAUGGCUCACAGCUCACAGCCAAGAGAGACGAUGUCUACACAUUAGAUGAAGAACUGCCCAAAAGGGUGAAAUCCAGACUGUCGAAGGCAUCAGACAUGCGUUUCGAUGGGAUCUUCGGAGAGAAGAAGCUGCAGGACAGCAAGAGGCAGCGUGUGAUUAACUCCCGAUACAGAGGCGACUACAUCGAGCCAGUCAUCUACCGAACCAUCAUGGAGUAACCGGCGUCAUCUUCUUCUUCUUCCUCCUCCUUCUCCACCUCACAGCACCAGCAUAGAUUGAGCAAAGCUCCCACACGUGUCUCACAACAUGAAGUGAGAAUGUUUCUUUCCGUGUGUGUGUGUGUGUGAUUGUAUACAUGUGCUUUUUUAACAAGCUUUCAAACAUCACUCUCAUUUCUGAAAAGCUUUUAGUGAAGGCAUACACACCCAACAUACAACACCCAACAUCUACGCCCAUACCCACACCCAUACAAGCCUGUGCCACAUCCUUUCAGCCAUGAUGUGGUUUUUAUAUCCUUACUAGAAAUCGAGCCACUUAUGCAUACACUUUGGCCAGAAAGCAUUAGAGUUUGUACUAGUUUUAUACAGAUGCUCAUUGUUUCCUCCUGUUGUUCAGUUUGCAUUAAUUUAUUUCUCUCCGAGUUCAGGGUGCUAAUACUUGCCCGUAUAUUUUUAUGGAACGGAGGAAACAUUGCCAUUUUAUCAACAUAAACACCUCCUUUUUAAAUCCACACUGUUGUCAAAUUGUACAGCUGCAUUCCUGAAUAUUGUAGAUUAUUUGCAACUUAAUGAAUUUAGAUUUGUUUUGUUUGUUUGUUUUUUUUUGUUGGGGGGGUUGUUUUGUUUUGUUUUGUUUUUUUGCUUUUUUUUUUUACCAGUCUAUUUAUUAGAUGGUGCUUUCUGAAAGUAGCCUUUGCAAUAUAACCGUCUGACUUCUAACAGCGCUGUCAUCUGGGUAGACAGUGUAGUUGUUCUUUUCAGCCGGGAGGUUCUCUCAAAAUGCCACGGAUUUCCCUUCUGUUCCUCUCGGCUCUACUAUACGGCCGCGUUUAAAGACGUGCUUUGCACUGCUGUUCAAUCCGCCGUGUUUUAUGUUGAUAACUUACAGCUUUGGCGAUCUUAAUCAUAACCCUGUUAGGCACAAGCCGAUACUAAGGUUCACAUAUCAUGCUAAACCUCUAGCCUUCAUCACCACGCACAAUAUUAUCGCGAUAUGUUGCAUUAAAAAAAUGCAAGCGUUUUUAUCGGCUGACGUUUGAACUGUUCUGGAAGCCCUGGCGGUCCCCUUGCUAAACUAUUCAACCUAGUUGUAUUGUGGCUGAAUUCAACCUUACAUACACUACCUGAACCACACACGCUAUCGGUCAGUCGUAACGCACCUUUUUUUAUUUAAUUUUUUUUUAUUUUUAUUAUUAAUUUGGAAACUAAAGCUAGCUAGCGUGUUACCUUAGCUAAACAAGUAGCUGGCUAAAGGCUCCAUAAAAGCUUUUUCUAAAAGUUAGUCUGUCAUUGGGGUAGCUAAAAAGAAAUAACUAAAUAGCUAGCUUGGUAGUUUGGUGUCAUCACUCUGUAAAGUUAAGUAUCUGGGGGUAAAAAAUAAGCUGGCGUUAAGGAGAUGCUAUUAUCAUUAUUAUAGCGAAUUCUUAUCGAAGUAGCCUAGCUAAAAAGAUGAAAGAUUUUGGAUGGGAUCGUCAAUGGGCAUCAGGGGGACUGUGAGCGACAGUUCUGUCCGUGGUCCACUGAACAGAAUUGUGGGAUUCCUUUCUCUAAGGCCACGUGCAAUGCCCUCUUCAGAUUAAUCCGCUAAUCGAUAUAAGCCAGGCAGCUGUCUUUACGCUGACCUUAUUUUGAUGAUCUAAAUGGGACAGAAUUCAUUUGAGAGCACAACUGCUGCCCAGCGUAUACUGCAUAACCAGGCAACUUCUUCACAAAGGGAAGGCAGCACAUAAUCAUAAUAAUAAUAAUAAUAAUAAUAAUAAUAAUAAUAAUAAUAUUCUGAAUUGUCCACUGUUAAUAUUGUGCCUGUUUAUUAUUGUGAUACAUUGUAUCAUAUUAAAGACUAUCAGAACAUGUCUAAUCCCCAUGCUUUAAAAAAACAAAAAAGAAAGAAAAGCUAGUUUUGCACUUCUAAGCCGUACUAAUAAAUUGAAAAUUGAUUCCUCUAGCCAAGUUUCUGAAACAGCCGCUCGCACAUGAAGGCCUUUUAAAGCCUGUGAUAUGAUGUGUAGUGGGUGUCUGUAGAUAACCGCUGUCAGAUAUUUAAGUCCCUUUCACUCAGCAGGACAGGACCUACAUAUAUCACCACUUUAAAAAAAAAAAAAAGAAAAAGAAAUUUAAAAAAAGGACUUAUUACAAAUGUUUUUUAUUAUUAAGGAGCCUAUUUUAUUGCUUUGUUUUAUAAUAAGUGUUUAAUGUUUAUAUGCUGUGAGAAAUAGAGUUGUAUGUAGUUAAUUUAAGGGCUUCAUGACAUGGCAGUGUAUUUUUUUUCCCCAGCUUGCUUCCUUAAGCUUAAGCCUCAGUCACACCGAGAGCCGAGGCUCGGAGGUGUCUGUUCCUGUCUUUUGUAAAGAUUAUCAGUGUGUGUCAGUAAAAUGAUGUGGGCUUACACACCUCUUCUACGAGUCUUCAUUUCAUAUACAGUGCAUAAUUUAAAUGUUACCUGUAAUGGUUUUUUUUUUUUUUUUUUUUUUUUUUUUUUUUUUUUUGGGCUGACGGUUGAUUAAGAGCCUGAAGCUUCUUAUGUUUUGAUAGAUAGAGAGUACUUUAUUGAUAUCCCAGUACUUUAUUGACAUGUCCUCUUUUUCAGACCUUAAACAAGCGUCUGGCCGGGAUUUCUAAUUUGAGAAAAUGCCUGGGAUUCUGCUUCAGUUUGGUUAUGAUGUGCUUAUGGUCUAAUACCGCAUCGUGUUUGCAUCGCUUUAACCCCGAUCUGUAAUUCCCGCCUUCUCGAACACCGACUGGUCGAUUAUUAGAGGUUUGCAGCACCUAUUGGCCAAAUUCCUGCCUCUCAACCAUUAGCCUAUUCUCAGCGAACGCGUGAAGGUGAAGCGCUGUUGUGUACGGCAUCAAACAGUUGCUUGACAAUAGCAGCAAAUGACCACUGUCCUUAGUCGAAACAAUCCCCAUGGCCGCCGUAUAAGGUCGUUUUUAACUUCACGUUAAUUUCACGUUGCUUUUCGUAUUACGUGUCCAUUCAAAUGUGUAAAUGAUGGCGGAAGGUACACUCGUGGUGUCUAAUAUUUCAUUUUACUCCAGUGACGUUCGAAAGAACGUCGGGAAAAAAUGUCAAACGUAAAACCAAUUUUAUUUAGAAAUUUAUGAGAUGCUAAGUGUGUGGGUUUUUUUUUUUUCCAGCAUAUUAAAGUCUGCAUUUAUAGUAACACUAUGUUCAAUGCUAUUGAGACUCAGUCCCCCGUCCCCCGUCCCCCCCCCACCCCCAGGAAAAAAAACCAGAAUACAGUCGCUCUAGCUUUUGUGAUGUCAUGUUACCCGCAUCAGGGACCGUGAUCUAUUUAUGUAUUAAUUUAUUAACGUCAUUAAAACAAAUCCAAACAGUGAACAUGUUUCUAAGCUCUAAAAUAAGCUCUAAAUAAAAGUAUUUGAGAUCAUA